AAGCCGGUGCAGAACCAUUUGAACCUCAGAGCUCUUUCUUCAUGAGUUCAGAAAACCAGGUUAAUGGUGACAUGGAGUACCACUUCCAAGAUGGAGACACUAAAACACCAGCAGCCUUCCUCAAUAGGCUCAUGAUACAGAAUGGUAUGCCAUUAAAAAUAUCUUGUAUCACACCUGUUAUCAUAUUUUCAGUUGCCAGUCCUAGCAGGUUUUAUGGACUGUGCCUGUUACAAAAUUGUUUCUCUUUCAGUGUCGUCUACAACGGCUUCUCCAGCAACUACAAGACAUGUCGCUUUGACGUCAGUAGCAGCUCCAUCAAUAGUAUCUGGUUCAGCUGUGGUUCAGACCAGGAUGGUCUUCAGUUCCUCCUCUCCUGUUCCCACUGAGAGUUUGGUCCUCAGUGCAAUUCGGUCUCUUCUGAGUGCUCGACUCACAAACCUCACUGACUCUGUAAAAGUGCUGAACUUCACCUAUGAGAGAAUUUCAAACACCUCCUAUGCAGUCAUCUUCACAUGGAACGUCAGGAACAUGAGCAUGUCAAAGAACCCAAACCUCAGGAAUGACACCUACAACCAAGUGUCGAGCAUCAUCAACAACGCUCUAAACACACUUCUUAAUAAACCUGGUGCAGAAUCAUUCCAACCCCAGAGCUCUUUCUUCACGAGUUCAGGAAACCAGGUUAAUGGUGACAUGAAGUACCACUUCAAAGAUGGAGACACCAAAACACCAGCAGCCUUCCUGAAUGAGCUUAAAGCACAGAGCACACCUACAUUGGGGAAUGUCCUGAUAUACAUUCGUCUAGUUUUUAAGAACUUGUCCAGAGUACCUAGUGAGGCUGAGGUUCUCAAAGCUGCAAAUGCUCUGCUGGAUGCAAAGAUCAGAAGAGCACGAGAUCUUACAACACAAAAACUGAACGACCCUGUGAGCAUACAGAAUGUCACCUAUCAGAAAAUUGACAACAACUCAUACAUUAUCAGCUUUGGAUUCCAAAUCAGUGAUGUGACCAUCUCCAAAGACAUUCAGCUGAGGAAUGAAACAUAUGAUUUAAUCCAAAACACCAUCAACAGCCUGCUGAACACUAUUCUGAAUGAUAAACCUGCUACUCCAUUUGUCUUCCCACGAGCAAACUACACGUUUAAUGGUACAGUCGUUGUGGCUGAUUCAGAAUACAUCUUUGUGGAAGGUGAAACCAAGUGGACACCAAGUGGAUUUCUUUCUGCAAUACUCAACUUUAGCGGCCUGUUGAACUUCACCACUCCUGCUGCUCAAACAACGCCCCCUGUCCAUGUAGUUCUGAGGCCCACAGUCCAAGCACACAACACCACCUCUGGGGGAAAUGCUGCAUGGAUCCUGGCCAUCAUUAUCCCCUGCAGUAUAGUCAUUAUUCUCAUACCGUGCUGGAUUCUGCUCUGUUGUCUGCUGUGUGGCUGCUGUGCUGGUUUAAGGAGGCGCUACAACAGAAGACGGUCCUACAAUGUUCAAUACACAACACGAAAUGGACUCUUUUAAAAACAGAUUGAGUGUAAAAUAACAACAAAAACAUGACUUGUAAACAUUGGAAUCUAUUUUAACAUAGUUUCUUUUUUCUAUUUAUUUGUCUAUUUUAUUUUAUUUUAUUUUAUUUAACCUUCAUACCUUCAACCUUCAAAUGUAUAAUAAAGCUUAUCAAAUUAUGUUUCUAAA